AGGGUGUUGGAAGCUCACUCGAAUGCACAUCGAAGGUAACCUGCCAUAAUAGCGCCGCUCACACACACACACACACACAGACACACCGAUCCCAGCGUUGUUGACGCCUCAAAGCACUGAUUACCAAACGGUACUUUGCUUUGUCUUGGAACUACUACUACCACUACUACUACUACCACUACUGUUGUUAUUCAUUAGUAUUUCCCAUGGCCACGACGGCGGACUAUGUCGGCAAGAACUGCCCUUACUGCGGUGCCAUCGACAGCAUCGAAACCGACGAGGCACGCGGCGAGGCGGCCUGCACGGCGUGUGCCACCGUGAUCGCCAUGGGCCUGGAAGAGAGUGUCGCCACCCGCUGGGAGAAGGACGUCACCUUCGCCGAUGCGGACCGCGAGGACUGGCGUGACGCGGAGAACAGCGGCAGCGGCUCGAGCGGUCGGGCCACGGCGAAGAACGCAGGUCUCACGCGUGAAGAGGCCGCCGCAGCCGCAGCCGGUCUGCUGCGCCGCCCCACGCAGUCCACUGAUUCCUUUGACGCCGCCAAGUACGAGAAAACGAAACUGCACCCCCGGCAGUCCCGCGCGCUGGAGGCGCUCUUUCGGCUGUCGCGACGCCACGAUGAGGACAUCUUGCUAGACGCGAUGGCGCUGGCGAAGCGCUUUGUAGGCCACCGCCGUGAGCGCAGUGUGCGGGUCGAGCACCAGACCGAGGUGGCGGCUGCGUGUUUGAUGCUCGCGGCGGAGCGCCAUGGGCAGCCGAUCCCGCUCGGGGAAGUUCGUGUGUUGGACCCGUCGCUAAAGGAUGUCGAGUCGCGCCGGCGCGAAGUGAUUGAGGAAACGAACCUGCGAGAUGAGGUGGGGAAGCUGGAUAAGAAGAUGGUGCCCAACUUAAUUCAUUACUACCUGCAGCUGCUGCAGCUGCCGCUGGUGCGGUACGAGCAGCCCUGUCUGGCGCUCUUUAAGGCUAUUCGCAACUGCGAGGCGACGAACGACGCAGGCGCGGCGGAGCUCGCCCUUUUGGUUGAGGCAGAGAAGGUUGUGAUGGCGGUGUUGCUCGCGCGGACGGCGCCGCAGCUGCGAUGGGGCAACAAACCCACCGCAGCACCCGACCCCGCCGCCGAGCCCCCGGCCGCCACGCUCUACUCCAGUUUCGCCUCCAGCGCCCACCUGCAGCCGCAGCGCGUGCAGAAGAUCAUGCGCGUCGCCGAGAAGGUGCUGCCGCGGCUCGCGGCGGAGUUCCACCGACUCAUUGUGUUGCCGGAGUUCGCCACCGCGACGGUGCGCAAGAUGGGGGCGGCGGUGGCGUUACAGCCGUUGCCGUCGGCGUCCGCAACAGGGCCGACGCGGGGGAUGAAUGCGACGGCACACGAGGCGGAUGGGACGGCCAGCUCCGCCAUGGCAGGUGCGAAGCGUCCCCGUAGCCGAUCUACUAGUCCCCCUGCGCCGCCCUCUACCACGCCGUAG